UAUUUUUCCUUUCUACUAGUUUUUCUUUAGGUUUGAAAAUUCGUACACAGUACGAAACACCGGCUUUGGUGGAAACAAUUUUUGUAUCAGACGGAAUCCACCGUCAUAAUCUUUCAAUAUGGUCGUGGGGAAGAGCUCCAAGAUGCUGCAGCACAUCAACUACCGGAUGCGCUGUACGCUUCAGGAUGGUAGAACUUUUGUCGGCACAUUUAAAGCCUUUGAUAAACACAUGAACUUGAUUCUUGGGGACUGUGAUGAGUUCAGAAAGGUCAAGCCUAAAACCGCAAAAUCUGGUGAGCGAGAAGAAAAGAGAAGUUUGGGACUGGUUUUAUUACGAGGGGAACAUCUUGUGUCUAUGACAGUUGAAGGACCUCCACCAUCAGAGGAUGGUAUGUCGCGUGUGCCACUUUCGGGAGCAGCCCCAGGUGCAGGUGUUGGUCGGGCAGCAGGGCGGGGUGUACAAAGUGGACCAGGGGGUGCAGCCCCUGGCCUCCAGGGUCCUGUAAGGGGGGUUGGGGGACCCUCGCAGCAAAUGAUGAACCCACAAGCAGGUAUGAUGCGUGGAGGUAUGAUGGGACGUGGUGGGCCACCACCGGGCAUGAGGGGACCCCCACCAGGCAUGAUGAGAGGCCAGGGUCCAAGAUUCUAAGCGCUUGAAGACAGAGUAAAGCCAGGAAGGUUUCCAAAAACUAUAGUAAGGUCAAGUUCCAGUGUCCCAACAUAACAUCAUGUCACUACAACUGGUGAAACCAGAGUGAUCUUUUAACUGUUCUAGGUUGGCAUUUUUAUGUGUGGAAAUAUUCUGCAAAUCGUUUGGAAUUAUGUUUAAAAAUUUAUUCAGAAUUAUGUUCUUCUGAAGUAAAUACAACCAAAUGGACAGAAAAGCACUUGAACUCUAGUUUGGAACUAGUUUCCAACAUCCAUGUUUCUUUAUAGUAAUUCAUUUUCAUGUAUUGUCUACCACAUGCGACCAUUUUCAUUUGAUUGUGUACAUUUUAUAUCGUCUUUGUCAUAAUACAUUUGAAAUUGUU